ACUUGAUUGUCUUGGCAAGUCGACAGCUGUCAUUAUAAGGUUUUGGUGAUAGAAUACCUAGAUUGCAGUAUACAAUAAGUAAAAUAAAAUUAAUAUAAUAAACAUUUAGUUUUGUGAAUAACAUAUAUAAUUUAGAAAAAUGGCUUUCUAUGGCUGUGCAAGGCUUAGUGCGAGGCCUGUUCUUGCUAGCUUGGGGAGAUUGCCCCUCGCAUUGAACUCCGCUCACUAUGCUCAAGCAGCGGCUCUUCCAAAAGUUAAUUUCAAAAAAUACGAAGCUCCUAAACCUGAACAUUAUGACGAUAAAAAUGCUCGCCUGAAACGCCCAUUGUCUCCUCACCUUACAAUCUACGCACCACAGCUGACGAGUAUACUAUCUAUAACGCAUCGAACUGCAGGUAUUAUACUGUCUGGUUAUGCCAGCGUUUUGGGUAUCGGAGCAUUGGUACUGCCCCAUGAUGUGUCCCAUUACAUCAUGAUGAUUGAAGGUCUUAAUCUAUCUCCAGCAACUAUUUUCUUAGCCAAGUUUCUGAUAGCUGCUCCAUUUGGAUAUCAUUUUGCCAAUGGCUUAAGGCAUUUGUAUUGGGAUACUGCUAAAGGAUUGACAAUCAAGGAAGUAUACUCAACUGGGUAUGCUAUGCUUGCGACUGCCACAGCUAUUACGCUGUUCCUUGCUGCAUUGUAAAUGUUAACGAAAGUAGGGUAGUAAGAAAAAAAUUAUUUGAAUGUUAUUUAUUUGUUUUGAAUAUAAGUAUUAAACAUUAA